AUGGGCGUGGUGCACACGCUGCAGCUGUACUUAGCGGCGGGGAUACUGCAACCGGGGCCCAAGAAGCUGAGCUGCUCCGUGGGGGGUGAGGAGCAUUACGCAGACCUUGGAAGCAACGGCCAGAUCCUGUUCGAGGGCCUGGAGUUCAGCACGCCGUCCUCCUUCUCGCUGUACAUUAAGCGGAAGCAAAACCCGGCGCGGAAGGCGGACGACGGCUGGACGUCGGUCAAGUACGAGGGAACGACUCUGUUCGAGCUGCGCGAGCUGUGCGACCUGAGGGACGACCCCGAUGGUGCGGAUCGCCACGACUUUGCCAAAUCCGACUUCGGGCCCCACAACGGCCGGAUCGCCGAUUCCAGUCGGGGCAAUGGCGCGGGGAUGCUGCUCCGGGGCGAUGCCGCUGCGAUCGGCGGCGAGCGCGGCGGCAGGGUUGCCGGCGGGGAUCGCCUGGCCGGGUCGGACGGCUCGCAUUCCGAGGAUCGGCAUGUGAGAGUGGGGAAUCAGGCCAACGGGAGGAUCGGCAAUGGCGACAGGCUGGGCGGGCCCUGCGGCAGGAGGCGGCCCAAUGGGUGCCACAAUCUGGCCGAGGGGGAGAAUUGGUGCCUGAUGGAUGCGGGGGUGGACCAUAUGGGUGGGGACACCAGCGGGCCUGAGGAGGGGAGGGUGGAGUGGCCAGGCGGGGACGGCGGGGAUGCUGCCAAGAGAGAGGGGCUGGCGGAUCGGGGGACCCCGGGGGGUGAAGAGACGUGGAUUUUGUGUGAGAAGUGUGACCAAUGGAGGAGGAUAAAGAUGGAGACGGUGCCUGAUGGGCCCUGGCAUUGUUGCAUGAACGCCGACAAGAGAUUUGCAUCCUGCGAUGUCCCGCAGGAGUUGUCCGACGCAGAGAUCGAUAGUUUCCUGGAAGAGGAGCAGUUGCGGAGGUAUGUGGCUAACAGCACACGCCCUCCCCUGGAUGUCUGCACCGGCAGCCAAUUCGAAGCCGAUCUCAUCGCCUUUUUGAGAGAGAUUGGGGAGGGUGUGAAGGCAGACCAGAUUCGAUGCAAGAGGGUGCAGUGUAACAACCGACCGCUGGACGUGUUUGGCCUCUACAAUGCUGUCGUUGAGUCUGGCGGCCUGAUCGCCAAUGAGAAGUACGACGAGCACAAGCGCUGGAUCGGCACCCUUAACUUUGCAGGGGUCAUCUUCCCCAAGCUGCAGAACUACACCAAGGACAACCGGGCAACGAGCGUGGGGAACCAGCUGCUCUCUAACUAUCGCAAGUUCUUGUAUGACUAUGAGCGCGCGUGGAGGCAUGUGGAUGUGCUGGGUGCAGUGCGGAGGUGGCCGCAUGACACGUUGGCGGCGAUGGGGCCGAGGGCGGGUGCUGUGGGUGUGGCGGCAGGGAUGCAGGAGGGGAAGGGAGGCUGUGAGGAGGGUGCCAUGGGAGGAUCAGGCACACUGGGUGCUUCAGGGGACACCAACCCCUCGGACCCCUCCGCCAGGCGCUACAGCGCCCUGCUGAUGCUCGCCGGCAUCAUGUGCGCUGAGCGUGACUCGCCCAAGCCACCCUGCCCCACUACCCGCCAAGACAGUGAGACGCAUCAGGACACCUGGCAGUCCAACCCCUGCCCACUGCCCAAGCAGGAGGUGGAGGACGAAGAUGAAGCAGGGGUUGAGGUCAAGGUACAAGUCACGGAGGAAAUUACAGAAGAGGCCUUUCCACUGCAUGUGGUGCCGCAGGCUGCCUCUGCCGCGCAGCUGCUGCUUGCCAGGGACCCGAACAGGCCAGGGCUAUUGUGGCCGGUAGUGGUGGCAGCACGGGAGGACCUGCCGGCAUGCGUGGCGCGUGGGCACAGCAACGACGUUGCCAAGUGGGCUGGCUUCCCCAUGUCGUUCAAGGAGCUCAUCCCUGGUGCAGUGCCUGUUCUGGUGUUCGGAUCCGAUGCCCUGGGCUGGGCGCACGAGGGCCUGUGCCAGCCCUUUGAGCUUGGCUUGGCCACGGCACUCUACCAGGAGGCUCUGCGAUCAGACGACCCCUCUGAAGAGCAAGUCUUUUACAGGCGAGUACUGAAGCAGGCGCUGCAGUAUGCGGCAGAUCCCACACCUGCGCCCGUGAACUGUGUGCGCCCGAUCAGCCUUGAAAUGGUGGCGGCCGACCUUGUGGGCCUGGAGAGUGACCUGCCGACAGAGGCGCUGGGCGGGCAGAGCUUCUCGACGUGGCACCAGUGGCGGAGCCGCGUGCGGAAAGUGGAGACUGCCGCGGGACUGGCCAGCGAGGCACUGCUGCUGUUCUACCAAAUCGACCCAGACGUGAUCAGGAGGGGCGCCACGGGCCUGUGGCAGGAGCUGGAGCACCUGCUGGGCAUCGGCCAGACCAAGGAGCCGACGAUCCUGUCCGUAGAUACGGCCAUACAUCUGAUGAAGGACAACAUCGACUUGGUUCGCACCUACAGGAGGCUCCAGGCGUCGGGCAAGGCAGACGACUCCAAGAGGAGGUCGGGAACGAAGCGGAGAGCGGCGGAGAUGGAAGCCGCGGGUGUCGUCGCCCGUGAAUAG